AUGUGGGUGCCCAGGGACACUCUCCCCGUGCCUGCUAUCACGAUAUAUGGGUACCUUGCUACCUCCCAUCCUGUGACUCCUGUCACGAUAUUUUGGGCUGUUUUGUUUCCCGUGCAGUGGAACGAGAUCACCAAGUACUUCCGAGCGGGAAUGCCCCUGAGGAAACACAGGCAACACUUCAGGAAGCACGGGAGCUGUUUCACUGCCUCGGAAGCUGUGGAUUGGCUCCAUGAGGUCCUCAGGAAUAACAGCAACUUCGGCCCCGAGGUGACCAGGCAGCAAACGGUGCAGUUACUGAGGAAAUUUCUCAAGAACCACGUCAUUGAGGAUAUAAAAGGGAGGUGGGGAGCUGAAAACCUGGAAGACAAUGGUGCCUUGUACAGAUUUCCUUCAACAUCUCCAGUUAAACCUCUACCAAGCCCACCAAGAGAGAACUUGGAAAACUUCCCUACAGACAAAGAAAAACUUUUUAAAUUGCCCCAUUUAUCCAAGAGGACUUUGAAAAAACACGAGUUACUGCAGUCCCUGGAAAACCUAGAAAAAACAAGGCCUGAUGUGAUAAAAGAGAACAAGGAAGACACACUACAGAGGAAGGAAAUAAGCCAGCAAUAUGUGCAAGAAACUUGGAGAAAUAUCAUUCUGAUACAUUUGCAGACCAUCCUGGGCCUCCCGUCGCUGGAGGAGGUUCUGCAACCAGCACAGGUGGUCCCUGAGCACGUCAUGUACAACAUGAGCAACACCAGCAAACACGGGGUGGUGAUUCUGCAGAACAAGUCAGAAGACCUCCCUCACUGGGUGCUGUCAGCUAUGAAGUGCCUCGCAUACUGGCCCAGAAACAAUGACAUGAGCCAAGCAACUUACAGUGGGUUUGAACGGGACGUGUUCAGAACAGUUGCUGAUUAUUUUCUCAGUCUCCCUGAGCCAUUACUUACUUUUGAAUACUAUGAACUUUUUGUUAAUAUUUUAGAUCUCCUGCAGCCUCACUUGGAAAGGAUUGCUGUGGAAGCUCUGCAGAUCUGCUGUUUGCUGCUCCCACCCCCAAACCGUAGGAGGCUCCAGCUCCUGAUGCGGAUGAUCACCCGGAUCAGUGGGAAUGUUGACAUGCCACGGCUGCACAAUGCCAUGGGCAACAGGUCCUUGCUGAUCCAGACAUUUUCCCGCUGCGUGCUGCGCUGUGCAGAGGAAGUGGACCUGGAUGAGCUGCUUUCUACACGACUGGUUUCAUUUCUGAUGGACCAUCAGCAGGAAAUAUUCCAGGUCCCAACUCACCUGCAGGUCGCUGUGCGAGACCACCUUGAAUACGCGAGGGUGGCUCAGUGCAAAUGUCCCAAGGAAGAAAUUUGUGCCAUAUUGCCAACGUAUUCCUACUGCAAACAAAUCACUCCUCAGGAGUUCGAGGAACAAAAGGUUUCUACCUCUCAAGCUGCAGUGGCAGAGCUCUUGGAGAACAUUAUCAAGGAUAAAAACUUGUCUGUGAAGGACAAAAAGAAAAAGUUAAAGCAGUUCCAGAGGGAAUACCCCCAGAUCUACCAGAGCAGGUUUCCAACGACGGAGAGCGAAGCGAUGCUGCUGGAGAACAAACCCACCAUCAAGCAGCCCAUGCUCAGCCUGAGGAAACCCAGGUUUCGGAGCCUGAGGUAUUAAUGUCACCACACUUGAGGCAUUUAUUUCCUGGAUGUGAGUCUGAAUGAUUCACCAGAGGAGUUGCUGCAGGAAUUUGAUGCUGGAUCUGUGUAGAAGGAAGAAAUGUUUACAUGGAUAAGGUGCUGAAAUGUGCCAAAAUACCCUUUUUUUAUGCAGAUACUUUUGAAUAACUUCUAAGAGAGAAAUAUUUAUCUGUUUACAAAUUAUUACAAUAUAAUGUAUGUAGGAAAAUGUGAAAAUAAGCACAAAGCUGUUGUUAACCAAAAAUUCAUAUAUGGUUUUCUAUGGGAAACUAAUGACCUGCCUCUUGUAACCUUUUAAUGUCUGGUCAGGAAUUUGUGCCAUUUAUUGUAGUUUGUGUAGGUUUUAAUGUCUGUGUAUUGUGACUAAGUGCCUUCUCUAUUCUCAAAAUAUUUGUCUUUAAACAAAAGAAGUUCUGUGAGUUCAGGACCAGGAGAGCCAAAAGAUCACCAUGAAUUAUUAUCUGCCUCCCUAAAAUGCUUGUGUUUAUCUCAUCUGUAAAACUCUCAUUAACUUUUCUAUAUUUAUUUAUAUUAAAAGUCUUUAAGUAUAUUUCUGACAUUUUCAUGGAAAAUUUAUUUUGGAUCUAUUGGUGUGAUUCUCAAAAUGAUAGGAGUGAUGGAUGAUACAGCAAGUG